UGCUAGUACCUACCUGUUGCUCGCUGGUGAAGGUUGUGUGUUUUGUUACCUGCUCUAAAAUCUCACUUUACUCUUUUUUCUAUUCUUCUAUACUCAGAAGAGGAGAAAAAAAAUGAAACGUGCCGAUCAUCAGUGUUAAAAGCUUAUAAAACCCAAAAACGAAAAUGUACCCUUAAAUGCCCGAGGAAUUUUGAAAAUUCCCUAUCACUCGAUCACUUCUCAACGGAGCAAUUACUUAUUCAUUCUAUACUAUUUAGAUAUAAAUGAUCGUGAAUAGUUUCAGUGUGACUGUGUGCGUUUGUCUAGUGUUAAUAUGUGACUCAAAACCGUGUAAAUCUAUAAGCGAUCGAUUAAUAAAAGACUGAAUCGAUUCGCAUCACACUUCAGAGAUAAAUGAGUGAACUUAGCCAUGUAUGGAGAUAUUUGAUAUUUAUUCUUUUUUCAUACACGGAGAGAAUAUACUCUAUGUUUAGUGGAAAUUAAAUUGAAAAUUUUGGUACCUCGACAGACUUAGUGCCUCAGUUGCUUGGGAUGUUCGACGAGCUUGCACGAAGGGGGAAUGGCUACUCGAAUCAUGUAGUCCUGCCAUCAUCCUGCAACAUACCAGCAGCCCUGCAAAAACGUCUCAGCUUGGUCUCACAAUCUCAUCGUGAAUCCAUAUUGGGUCCUUUGUGCUCUUCCGAAUCCAUGAUCAACAACUCCAAUUGGGAAGAAGUUACGAACGAAAUGGAGUCUGAUAAACCCCUAGAUGGCUCGAAUCAGUUGAACCAAGAAGCACCAUCGUCCAAGAAGAUUGAUAAGAAUGAUGACACUGUUCAAUCUCAGACAACACUCAAGGAGCGCUCUGUCUCCGACGACAAGUCACUCUAUCAUCGUGAAAAUAAUGAUUUGACGGCACUUCGUUACAGCAGACAUCGCAGAACGGGAAGUCGGCCAUUAUCCGGAAGUUCCAUUGCUUCCAGUACAUCAUCGAGUGGCUGCAGUAAUCAGGAAAAUACCUGUCCUGCUAAUCCCUGUUUGACCUCUGUCGAAUCACUCGCUGACACUUGUGCCAGUUCUCAAGGCUCAGGGGACAGUGGUGUGGUUGUAACAGUUUCUGAAGCCAGUUGUCGAAUUGAAGCUGCCAAUAGUAUAAAUAAUAAUCCCCUGUUACAUCACAGGCCUCGAUAUUGUGAUCCCCAUCGGAAUCCCGUGGAAAGAGUUCUCGUUGAAAUUGUAGAUACUGAAGCUAUUUAUGUUGAACACCUUCGACAAGUCAUUCAAGGAUAUCUUAUAUUUUGGCGAGACGAUCCAGCUUCUCUAGUACAUCAUUUGCAACUUAACGAUUUAUUUAGCAAUAUUGAAGAUAUUUUCGAAUUUAAUAGGCAAUUUCUUACCGAAAUAGAAAAUUGUGGAUUAGAUCCAAUUUGCGUAGCAAAUACCUUUAUUAAACACAAUUCAGGAUUUAAAGUCUAUACCGAGUAUUGCACAAAUUAUCCAAGGACGGUUUCAGUAUUAACGAAACUUAUGAGUCAAGAGGAAUUAGCGAGUGCUUUUAAAGAACGACAAGCGGCACUGGACCAUGCUUUACCCCUCGGAGCAUAUUUGUUAAAACCAGUUCAAAGAAUUUUAAAGUACCAUCUACUUCUAAAGAAUUUAUCAAAAGAGUAUGGUGCUGGUUAUUAUGACAAAGAAAACCAGACUGAAGGCAGCAAAGCAAUUGAAGGUGCACUAGAGGCGAUGAACGGUAUUGCGGAUCAUAUCAAUGCUAUGCAAAAGAAACACGAACACGCUGUGCGAGUUCAAGAAAUACAGUCUCUAUUGUAUGGCUGGACAGGUCCUGAUUUAACAACGAGUGGUGAAUUGGUCGCGGAAGGGAGAUUUCGUAUGAGAGGAGCUAAAGCUCCAAGGCACGCUUUCUUAUUCGAGAAAAUGCUUCUCCUCACCAAAAAGAAGGAAGACGGUCUACUCGUUUACAAAACUCACAUUAUGUGUUCAAAUCUUAUGUUGAUUGAAAGUAUUCCUGGUGAACCUUUCAGCUUUCACGUCAUCCCUUUUGAUAAUCCGCGAUUGCAGUAUACAUUACAGGCGCGAAAUUUAGAACAAAAGAGAGAAUGGACUCUACAGAUAAAAAGCGUAAUUUUAGAGAAUUAUAAUGCUGUGAUACCUUCACAUGCGAGACAGUUGGUCUUGCAACUUGGGCAGAGGCAAUCUGAAGAAGACUGUAGCACGGUAGACAAAGUCUUAGCAAAGAAGCAAUAUUCAUCACCUCCAGAAUAUUUAGAGAAGCGGAAGCAAGAGAGGGAGAGGAGGAGAUCUGAGACUGGUGUUAGACAAAAAUUAAAGAAGGGAAGAAAAAUGGAUGAAAAUUCCUCCCUCUCGAACCACACUGAAGAAACUGGAUCCAGAGAACAAAGUCUCAACAGAUCGUGCGAUACUCGUGCCUCGAAAGUCAAGGAUCGUUUCACAAGUUGGAGAAGGAAAUCCGAACCAGGUUUUCAAUCUUACAUUAGUUUGAACAUGUCCGACGAGGAACAAAAGGAAGAUCGAGUCGACACUGAAUUUGGAAAUGCAGAGAGCGAUUGCACUGUUGUCACGAAUGAAGACGACACUUCGACAAUUAAUUCUGAAAAUAAUUCCUCAAUUUCCGAGACCAAAGAUACAAAUGAUCAGCAACCUCAACCUCAAACGGUGGAAGAAAUAGUUGGUCAUAUUCUCAUGCAAAAUGAAGAAUUCCAAAAGCUUAUCGAGAAGCAAAGAACUAGUAAUCUCAUGAAUGUGAGACAACAACGCUUCAACAAAUGUAUAUCCGUCGACAGUUCCGAUGAAAGUGAUACCGAAAAUACCAACUACUCGCAAGACUCCACAAAUAAUCGAAAUACUCGUUUGCGAAACUCUUGCACUCGACGUGAACAAAGAUUCGUCCGCACGAAUAAUGUCUGGAAUUCUCUCUCCUCCAUGCCUCAGCGUGUUAGUCCAUCUCUUCGAUUGCGUUACGAUAAUUUUCGAUCCACCGAGGACAAACAUCAAGAUCAAAAAAAGACAAAUCGUAUUCAGGAAAAAAGAGCCAUUUUCGAAGCAUUCAAGCGGCAGAGUAUCGUCACCGAGAGUAAAAUUAUCAAAACUGCACUUCGAAUACGAGAAAAUUCAACUUCAAGUGUUGAGGAAAAUCAAAAGGAAAAAACCAUUGAAUCGACGAAAAGUGAAACUAACAGUAAUUACGAGGCAGUCGUCACGGAAAAUGUCGAACCAAAAGGCUUUGAAAACUAUGAUAAUUUACAUAAUGUUUGGGAAAGUUUGAAAGAUGUUAAAGAUCAAGAAGGAAAUGACAGUCCAACGAGGCCGGCAGUUUGGCUAACGAAGCUUUGUGAAGGUUUACCGGUCUCGCCGCAAAAAAGCGGAUCGUUACCCCGUAGUUUCCAAAUCAGUCCAACGUCUUGUCUCCAUCCAACAAAACCGCGAUUUCUACAGCGUGACGGUAAACCAAUGAGCGAACGUCCUUUUACAAUCGCUUCUGAUAAACCAGCCGAGAUCAACUUGGAGGAUAUGGAAAGAUACGCUUCUACUUGUCAAACGGGAGGACGAAUCGCCAAGUUUCCUACUUCUGUCUCAACUUCGUCAACCAACUUCUUCUGCUCGCUUCACGACUCAAUGACUGAUGCCUAUUCUGAAUUGCACGUCGCUCCUACCAUCACCAAUGUGCAUCCGGAUCAUAAAAUUUACAGGCCCAAUGGAACUGGAACCAUAUCAUUGAAAAAUGUUCUAUCCAAAGCCGGAAGUAGAUUACAAGGUCUGAGAUCUACAGCUAGUAGCGAAACAUUAGAGUACAGUGACGAAUUGGAAAGAACGAAGUUCUAUCGAUCAAUGAAUGGCGGCAAAUCGAAAAAAAAGUACAAAUUCAAAUCAUCCCGAGAAUCUUCAUCAGACGUUGAGGAAAUGGUUAGUCCCACAUCAAAUGGUGCAAGAGUCUCAAGGAGUCAUUUGCUUUACUACAAACAGGGAAGUUCCAGUUUGGGAGCUCGCAUUGCUCAAUCCGAUUAUGCCGAUCCAACAACCCUCUUCUCCGAGAGCAAGCGACUAGAACUCGCCGCCUCUAAACAAAAUCUUGCAGAGAAAAAGGAUUCUACCGAUACCGAGGAGAAAAAAAUCAAAUCCACGAAAGACAAGGAUUUUGAUCAAUGUAAAACAAUAGAUGAAAAAACAGAAAUCAAACAAGAACAAUACAAAAAAUUCGAAAGACAAGAUAGUGAGAUGGAUAGUUUUUAUGAAAGAUCAUUUGAAACAAUAGAAAAUUAUAUUGACGUUGAUGUUGAAGAUGCUUUUCGUGACAGUGCAAUAUUCAGCGACGGUGAAGAUACACUAACAAUUCGAUCAUCUCUCAUCGAAUUCGAUGAAGCGAUAAAUAGAAUGCCAAUAAAAUCGAAAGUCGCUCCUCCAAUACCAGCGAAGAAGAGGUCGGACAUUAAUUCACUGCAAAAUGGAUGCAAUGUCAAGUUGAAACCUGUGGUUAUGCAGAAACCGGAGCAUUUGAAACUUAGGCCGAAAACAUUCAAACCACCCGAUUUAGAAAAAUCGAUAGAUUUAAUCACAAAAUCACCAAUACAAUCGGAAAUAGAAAAAUUAGGUAAUAAUAUUCCUCUGUCAGAAAUCGAAGACUUUGACGAUGUUUCUGCGGGUCAAAGUCAUGCAGGAUGGGUUAAAAAAAUGGUAGGUCAAUUACAAAGUCGAAAUGAUACGUAAUUUCAAUGUUUUUAAGAAUGAUAUGCGAUUAUUACAUGAAUUGCAUAAUCGGAAUAAAUUUUAAUUAAUGAACGAAUAUAAAAGAUUUUAAUUAUGAAAAA